ACGGGGUGAUAAAACAGACCCGGUUGAGCGGACGGACGGACGGACGGACGGAGGUUUGGCGGCGGUUGACCGGGACUCGCGGUGGGGGCGCGCGGUCGCCGCCCCCCGCACGCGUGUCCGUCCCGGUGUCGACACGCGCGCAUGGACCAGCUGGGCCUGCUGCGAGCCGUCCCGCCGACCGCGAGCCGAGCCCUGCAGGUGAACCACGCCCACCUGGAGACGGAGCCUGCUGACGUCAUGACAGUGGUAGCGUGUGACAACAUGCUGGAGGAGUCGGCGGCGCUGCCGGGCCACCACUCUCUGGACCGCUACGAACCGGACCACGAGUGCUGCGAGCGGGUUGUCAUCAACAUCUCCGGCUUACGCUUCGAGACGCAGCUGAAGACCCUCUCCCAGUUUCCAGAGACCUUACUGGGAGACCCCAAAAAGAGGAUGAGGUACUUUGACCCGCUUCGGAAUGAGUACUUCUUCGACCGGAACCGACCGAGCUUUGACGCCAUUCUUUAUUACUACCAAUCCGGUGGCCGCAUCCGGAGACCUGUCAAUGUACCCAUUGACAUUUUCUCUGAGGAGAUCCGCUUCUAUGAGCUCGGGGAGGAGGCCAUGGAGAAGUUCAGGGAGGACGAGGGCUUCAUCAAGGAGGAGGAGCGGCCACUGCCAGAGAAUGAGUUCCAAAGACAGGUGUGGCUGCUGUUUGAAUACCCGGAGAGCUCCGGGCCCGCCCGGGGCAUCGCCAUCGUGUCCGUCCUGGUCAUUCUCAUCUCCAUCGUCAUCUUCUGCCUGGAGACGCUACCGGAGUUCAGGGAUGAGAACCGGGACCCCAUCACCAUCAUGCCUGUGGUAAACGGGACGCUGGCGUACCUCACCAGCCCCUUUUCGGACCCCUUCUUUGUGGUGGAGACCCUGUGUAUCAUCUGGUUCUCCUUCGAACUGCUGGUGCGCUUCUUUGCGUGCCCGAGCAAAGCCACCUUCUCCAAAAACAUCAUGAACAUCAUCGACAUCGUGGCCAUCAUCCCAUAUUUCAUCACCCUGGGGACGGAGCUGGCGGAGAGACAGGGCAACGGCCAGCAGGCUAUGUCCCUCGCCAUCCUGCGGGUCAUCCGGCUGGUUCGUGUGUUCCGCAUCUUCAAACUCUCGCGACACUCCAAGGGUCUGCAGAUCCUGGGUCAGACCCUGAAGGCCAGCAUGCGCGAGCUGGGCCUGCUCAUCUUCUUCCUCUUCAUCGGGGUCAUCCUCUUCUCUAGCGCCGUCUACUUUGCGGAGGCCGACGACCCGGAUUCCGGUUUCAACAGCAUCCCCGACGCCUUCUGGUGGGCUGUGGUCACCAUGACCACGGUGGGCUACGGCGACAUGCACCCCGUCACCAUCGGGGGGAAGAUUGUGGGGUCCCUGUGCGCCAUCGCGGGCGUUCUGACCAUCGCCCUGCCCGUGCCCGUCAUCGUCUCCAACUUCAACUACUUCUACCACCGCGAGACGGAGGGCGAGGAGCAGGCGCAGUACCUCCACGUGGGCAGCUGCCAACCCCUGGCGGACACCGAGGAGCUGAGGAAGACCCGCUCCACGUCCUCGCUCAGCAAGAGCGAGUACAUGGUGAUCGAGGAGCACGGCCUGAACAGCGCCUUCAAGCAGCAGCCCAACUUCCUCACCACCGGCCAGAACAACUCGCAGAAUUGCGUGAAUAUCAACAAAAAGCUCUUCACUGACGUGUAG